AUGGACAAGUACCAGCGCGUCGAAAAGCCUCGUCGCGACGACCACACGACGCAGGUCGAACCUAACGAGAUCCGCAUCACGCAACAAGGCAAAGUGCGCAGCUACAUCUCUUAUGGCCACGGACUGUUUACUGAGAAAAAUGAGCGCUGUAUCGUGUUGAAAGCCAUGGGCAAUGCCAUCAGCAAAGCAGUGACAGUGGCGGAGAUUCUGAAGCACCGCGUGGCGAGUCUCCACAUGGUGACGCGCAUUUCGUCGAUUGAGACUGUUGACGUGUACGAUCCACUGGAAGAAGGACUUGAUCGCAUUGAGACCAAGCGCAAGAUCCCGAGUAUCUCGAUUCACUUGUCGCUAGAUGCGCUGGACCGAGACGAGCCAGGGUACCAAAGUCCGAUCCCAGCCGACCAAGUGUCGACGGGCUCGCCGUCGUAUUCGAACUCCCGGGAGUACCGAAAGGCACGUGGACAGAGCCGACGCUCGGGCCGCAGCGGUGGACGUGGCAAUGGACGUGGACGUGGUGGUGGUGGUGGUGGUGAUGUUGGUGACGGUGAAGCGAAUGCUACUGUCGUUGAGAUAGCGGAGACUCAGGAAAAGGUGGAGCAGGAGACGGGUGGAGACGAUGCAGUUGCGGAGAGUACGCCGACGAUCCGUGGCAAACGAGGUAAAGGACGGGGAUGGGAUCGAAGUGGUAGCAAUGGAGGACGUGGUCGAAAGUCUGGCGAUCAAAGUCCGACGAACGGAGGCGAUGGCCAUGCGGAAUCGAGUAGUGCUGUGGAGAACGAAGCAGUUGCUUCGACGCCGACGGGCCGAAAGCCUGGACGGGGUCGAAAAGGAAAGAAGACGUCGAGUAGUGGGGAUCAAGAGAAGCAGAAUGGCGACGGCGAAGGAGACGACGAAACCGGCGAGACUGUGCACGCAAAUCACCGCGGUGGGAGAGGACGACAUUCCGGUCGUGGACGUAAUCGUGGUCGCGGACGCGGCCGCGGGCUUAGCGAGAGCACGCGAUGUGAUGAUGGAAAUGGCGGAUCGCUGGAUACUGCGGACGUGAAUACUGCGCCGGACAACCCACCGGCCAGUGAGUGA